AUGAGCUCGGCCCAGGAGGGCGCAGCCGCAGGCUCCCCCAAAUGCACUCUCAAACGUCAACGCAAAGUGAAAUUUUCUGAACGCCACAUUCUUACCUAUCGCAAGCUAUCCGACGAGGAUAAGGGCAACGUGUGGUGGACAGCCUCCGAGUUUGAGGAGGUACGACUAGCCGCGAAACUCGCUACUCUCAACAUUCGCAAGCAACAGAUGCGUGUGAUUGCCGACAUUGACGAAGCGUACACCACAGCCCUGCACUUGUCCUGCACUCUCGACGAACCAACCUACAUUUCCUUCAUGGAAGACCCUUCGGAAUAUAGCGGAUGUCUACAGGAAUGGUGUUCCCCGUCCGGUGGGGGGCGAGGUCUGGAAAAGUACACGUCGUUCAAGCACCGCUUCGAACGGGCCGAGUUUUCGAAACAAGCCCGCGCGGCAGUCCUGCGUUUGUUCGCCAAUCCAAAUUUGGAUCCAACGGAUAUUGCAUCCUUUUAUCGAGACUACUCCCGGACUGCUUGUAUCUAUGCUCGUCUCGUCGGAGAAGCGGAUGCCGCGAGUCUGCGCUUUCCCGAUUGCACGGAUGAGGUUCGCGAGGAAGCGGACAACUCCACGCCGCCAAAACCAGUAGCGCCGUUGACACCCAACGUGACCACGAUCUGGCCAAGGAACGAAAGUUGCAAGCUAUGUUCGACGCAAGUUGCCACAUUUUGCCAAUCUUCGGAUGGCUACGCACCCUCCCAAUCCUGGGUGUGUCCCAAGGAGAUGGAAGAUCCUUUCGGGAAGAGAAUGACUACACCAGCUCGUUCUCCAUUACUUCUGCGACAACUGUCUGUUAUUCAUCAUUGUGACUUUAGAAAAGUGGCUACUAGUUUUUCGUCCUGGUUCGAUUGGAGUUCGGGGACCGCGCACAUCACCGGUACGACACCGAGGAACCCUGUUUCGGUAGUUCCCAAGGGCUCGUGGGAUGGAAAAAAAGAAUGGCGAGGUCUUUCGAGAUCGUAUCGGUACUCAGCCGGAGGGUCGUACGGUUUAUGUUUGUACCAACACGGUGCAAGCGUGAGGUGCCGCGGCGAGCGUCGACCCGCCUCCGUAGAUCCACACUAUUCACUCGGUCAUCGCGAAGAAGAAUCCAGCGGCGGCACGCCGCGGAGUCCUUCGCGUCACAACCGUUACCAGGCUCCGUCAACUUUGACAUCGGCGGGUUGGUCGCCGUCUCCCUCCAUCACCAAAUCGUCAAUUCCCGUCUCCAACCACAGUUUCUUUCCGUACACGGAUACCGCGGAUGAUUCCGUCGCUUCCAAGUCCUGCUUAUCGCUGCGCUUGACCCCAAGGAGCCGUUGGUCGUUGCGUAGUCGGGGCAGCAACAGCAGUCGAUCGACGAGCCAAAGCGAUCCCGAUCGACGAGUCUCUCGUCAACGAAACAAUCGCUUGCAACUGGAUCAACCCACUGUACUGCGGGACAAGGCCUCGCAGCGAUGGCAGGCCUUUCCCUCGGCACCUUCCGCCAAUAUUACCGCCGUGUCCACCAGUGACGAUUCGGCCAAUCCCAGUCCCACCAACCGUCACGAAAACAGCAAGAUUGUACCCAACGCGUCUAAGGAUACCGUUCAACAAUCCAAGCCUACAAUUGGCACUCCUAAUACCCAAGACAACAACAAUAAUGGCAAUCUUGUUUCCGAAAGGACUCUGAGUUUGCUCACACCGCCCACACCGUCCGAUCGCACCGAGCGUUUUCGAGGGACCUCCUACGCAGAGCCACAAAUAUUGUCGCAAUCACAGCAACCGGUUCGACGCGGACUCUACCAGGGGGAACUCGAACCCCACGGGGUACGGGGCCAGCAAGCCCCCGUGGUAGCACCCGCAACCACCCCGACGCUCCCGGACGGAAUGCCCGGUCUCCGCUCCUUCGAACGGACCCACAAGUUCCACGCCAACAACGCAACCCACCGUAACCGCCACAGUGCCUCGUACUCGGAGGCGACCCGCGAAGAUCGACCGCAGGGAGAACGGAAUGAAGAAUCGCACCUGCAGUUUUCGCCCACCACGGGACAGGUGUUGUCGUCCAGCCCAGCCGCAAUUCCCGUCGCCAUUGUUGAAGAAAGCGAAGACUGCUCGACCGAUUCCGAUACGGAGCUGCAGAAACUCAAGGACGCGUUUCUGGCCGAUGUUCGCGCUCCGUCUCCGCUAGAGUUUCAGCGAUCGCAAGAAUUGCAGUCUUCGUCACGGCAAGCGUCUCAGUUUUCGUCACAAGAACCGCAAUCGCAAACCCCGACGCAGCCAGCCACAGCGUCCCCCGUAACCGGACCACCAGAAGCACUCUCUUUGCACACCGCUGAAGUAGACAUACUCAACACACAAGCCAUGAAAAGUGUGCAGGAACAGGAUUACAACCGCGCCCUCGGAAUCUUUACCGAGGUCCUGGACAUUCACCGUCAGCAGAAUGGACUUUCCCACGCCACGGUCGCGUCGGCGUAUCACAAUUUGGGCACCGUGCACGCACGACGAGCGGGGACGUUCCCCGAAAAUUCGCUCGCACAGCAGAAUUCGCGUCAAGAAGCCCUCAACUGCUUUCAGGCCGCCGCCAGGACGGCGCGCGAUGCUCUCGGCCAAAAUCAUCCCAAUGUAGCUGUGUCGUUGGUACGAAUUGGGUUUUUGCUGCUUCAGUCGAAACAGUACCAGAGUGCCGUGAUCACCUUCCGCGAAGCUCUCCGCGUGCGCAUCGCGCAUUACGGCGCCACACACGGCUUGGUUGCCAAUCUUUACAAUAACCUGGGCGUAUGUGAAAUGCAUUUGGAAAAGUUUCCGGUUGGGCUCGAAUAUCUAGAAAGUGCUUUGCAUAUCCAACGAAACGCGGUUGAUGCAGGAAUGCCGCCAGAGCAUAGACAGGCAACUCGUCUGGAACUGGCGGAUACACUCUUUAACAUUGGGGGAUUGUGUUUGGAGUGGAUCCGACGACAGGGACCGGAUGUGCGUCGAGCAACGGAGGCGGAACAUGCUUUCGAAGAAGCCUUGAAGAUUCGCAGGGACGUAUUGGGGCCAGACGACCCCUUGGUACAUCAGGUGCAAGUUUUGCUAGAAAUGGCUAGAUCGGUUCCGAGACCAAGGAAAGGCUUGACCAGCCCUGUACUGUCCCCGAACAGAUCUCGUACUCCGAUUCGCAGGGCGUUUGAUGACAAGCCGACAGCAAUUCAUGAGACUGCGGUUGUUGGGAUGGAGACAGCGAUACAACCCACGAAACCCUUUAGGCACUCAGCAUCAAACAACAGAGAGGUGUCUUUGUUGUCGUUACAUUCGUGCAAUCAGCUGGGGGAGCACGUCCAAUCGUUCUCGCCAUCGAGACCACAAGCCUCGCGUCCUUUUGAUGAGGCUCGUGGCUGUGUGAAGGAUGUGCAGCUGGAUGCUUGGAAAGAAUUACUUCCAAAUGAUGAAACGUACGGAAAGAGCAUUGGAAGAACUAUGACUCCCAUGUUGGAAGCGAAAGUCUCACAGGAUCAAGAGGAGGACGGUGGUACAGAGGACAUUCGGGGAGAGAGAAAUUUUCCUAUUCCACCCCAUUUUAUCACCAAGCACUUGGCUUCGGAAAGCUUACACAAGUCCAAGAGCUGUUUCAGCACAAAAACUGAUAGGAGAUCCCUUCACGAAAACCUUAAAGCCCAUGACAGUCAAAAAGUUAAUCUUGGGGGCAUUUCCGUUCCAAUGAAUAUGUCGUAUGACGGGGAUGAAAACUGUUUGAUAAGUGACACGGGUGUAGAUUCCGAGCACGGUCGAAUUCACUACCCGGUUACUUGGAACAAAGCAGGAAUUGUGGCAAAUGAAAUAACUGAGAACCCCAAGCGGCGAGACAUAAUUGCUGCGCGUUCUUUUCCUUCUGCAAAAGUAGCUUCUGAGAUUUUGAUGAGACCAAAUGGCUCUUCAGGAAAGGAUAGUGAGGAGGCCAAGUAUGAUUUCGAAAGAGAUGUCUUGACUGGAAAUAAGGAGCGCGAUAAUGUCAUGGCUAGGGUGAGGGCUGUUUUGAGCGCUCAUGCCCAGGAUGAGUCAACAGAAGACACUUCUGAUAUUCAACGUGCCGCCCAGAACAACUUUAGGGGGGCAAGUGUGCUAGAACAAGACCUAAUGGAAGAUGGAAUAGCCCCAUUGGAAGGGAAUUGGCCUUCGUCAAAUGGUUCGGCAUCAGCUCGUCAAAUGCUUCAAGAUCCUAUGAAUAAUCUCUACGAUAUUCAUAUCAAAGCUUCAUCACUACUCAAGAAAAACGAUAUCGUCGAAGCUCUCCGCCUUUUUGAAGUCGUGUUGCAAUGCCAGCGGCGAAGGAAUGGCCCUACACAUGUGGGUGUGGGGGCUGCUUUGCACAAUGUCGGUAUUGCCGAGCUACGAGCUCAGAAUCAUGAGGGGGCACUGAGAUGUUUCGAGGAGGCCGCGAGAGUCCGCAAGGGAGCACUGGGUCAUGACCAUCCCUUGGUGGCAGUGACCAUGGUAAAAGUUGGAAUAUCACUGUUGCUCCUACAUCGUUUUGAAGAGGCUCUCAGGAGCUUUCGAGAGGCUCUGUCCAUUCGCAAACACGCGUUAGGUGCGCUGCACCCGUCAACUGCGCGCAUCUACAAUAACAUUGGGUGUGUGUAUGUUGAGUUCAAUGAAUUUCAUGAAGCGUGCCUAGCGUUUGAAUCGGCAUUGGAUAUUCAGAGAAAUUCUCUCUCUCAUGAUACAGACAGUGGUCCAAUAAUAUUCGCCACCGCUACGACAUUGUGUAACCUGGGAUACCUUUACCGAUACCGUGAUAUGUACACAAAAGCAGCUUCGGUACUUAAAGAAGCGGCUAGUCUCCAAGAAUCUGUACUUGGUCGGUCGCACGCCUCGGUUUUGUCUACACUAGACAAUUUGGCUGAUUCCUGCGCAAGCAGUGGUCAAGCUGAUGAUGCCCUCAAGUAUUAUGACAUGGUUUUGGAACGGUUCCGGGCCGGGGGGAAAGUUAGGAGUCCGAAAGUUUUACGAGCCGAAGCAGUACUAUUGUACAAAAUGAGUCGCGUCCAUAGACAAAAAAACGACUUCGAAGCUCAAUUAGACAUACUUAGGUUGGCAUUGCGUGCAAUUUGUGCCUACAAGGAUGCGACUCCUGGGCAUCGGACUGAUACACUUGAACGCAGAAUUGAAUAUGAUGCGAAUGCGUGCCGUAAAGAACUGCAAAAAAAUGACUUUGAUCGGAUAUGA